AUGGCAGGAAGAGGGAGUGACCGCCACCAGGUCCAACCCCAACCCUUAGGUGGUCCUAUGUUUUGGUUCAACCCCUGCUCCAAGCAGGGAAAGAAUCACAAAGUGGUCCCGAGCAGCAGCUUGCCCCACCGGCUCUUCAGCAUCACAAUCUAUCUGGCUGAAACUAGUGAGACUUUCCCAUUAGCCGGGUGCUACAGUGACUUGACUGUGUUGAAGCUGAAGCACCAUCUGGAGCUGCUAACUGGUAUCCCUCUGCAUUUCCAACGUCUCCAGUACCUGGAUGAAGUAGAUCUGCCAGAUGAGUCUACGUUUAAGUACAAUGAUAUUGUCCCUGGCGGAACAAUUACUAUACGCAUCUGGCAACAAGAUGGCUGGGGGCUUCUCGUGGCAGCUGCUGCUGAAGGAAAUAUUACCCAGCUAAUGAGUUUAGGAGUUACAAAGGGAUCCACAUGCAGCACUCCAAAUUCACAGUUACUGAGACCAGAAGAGAAAAAGGAAUGGAUCGCACACCGGGCAUUCGUGGCACUGUACAUUGCCAGCCACAGAGGCCACACUGCAGCUGUAGAAUUUCUCCUGGAAAAUGGUGCAGACUUGCAUGUUAAAACACCAUUGGGGAGGACUGCUCUUCACGCUGCCACUGUCAUGGGCCGAUGUGACUGCAUUGAUCUGCUCCUUAGCUGGGGGGCACAAACUUCUGACCCAGACAAUGAGGGACAAAGUGCAGUGAGCCUAGCCCGUCUCUGGGGCCAGAAGCAAAGCGAACUCAGACUGUUCCGUUUCCAGUGGCAGCAGAGAGCAACUGGCACCACGUCACCCUCACCAAGUCAGAAGCUGGAUUCCAGGACACAGAGGUCUCAGUCACGUGCUAAACACACGUGGGCUAAUUUAUUUCGUGCUGGCCACUUUCAGGGGACAGUCAAUAAUUCUCCCAGAAAGCCACACGUUAAAUAUUGGGGGGAGGGGGAAAUCUGUGUGGUUCAGAUACUAAAUGAACCCUUGUGUUGGUGAUGCUGCAGCCUUGAUGACAGAAGGCUUGACAGCACAGCUCCCAGA